AUGGCCGAUCCCGCUGCUGUCCUUGCUUUCCCCACAUUCCGGUUGCUUGGAGCCAUCGGAUGGAUCACAGUUGGCAACCUGUGGCUCCAGACUCUAUCUACACAAGCGGAACGACAAGUGCCAGGGUCGCGCUCAAGUGACGCAGUCAACCUGCUGCUGCGCUAUCUUCUGCUGGUGAUCCCCUGUAUUUCUUGCAGUCAACAGCUCGAUGGUAGCAAUUCAUGCAUGACGUUUUCCCGCCUCGGAGCUCACAUCAAUGUCCCCCACUAUUGUCGCUCCCUCAACGAAUUUCGCCAUGGGCUUCGGCUGCCCCGCGAGGCGCACGUCGAACAGAACAUGGUGGGGGGCAGUGACAGAUUACGCAUGACGAAAGAUUUCUUGGACGCUCUGCCCUGCAUUACUUUGUUGCCUCCACAACUUCUUUCCGCCGAACUCAAACACAUCAAGGACACGCUUCGAAAUCCGAUCAUGGUGGUGAUUCGGCUUGACUCCUGCCAAAGGAGAGCACCGAUAUACUCGGUCAAGCAGGGGACUGAGCAAGCCUUGGCCAGCCUGCUGGCAUCGUGCCGAGGCCAGCUCCCGUCAGCUUUCGUCCAUGCUCCGCGUCGAUUAGUUUUCAAAGACGCUCCAGACGACGACGUUCACUUUCCUUCUCCUCUCAAGGAACAGGAAGCUCUGGCCGCCAUCAAAGCCUUGGAAGGCGCGGCUGCAGCCGCCUUUGCAAACCUUAGAGAGGACCACCAAUCACCGAGAGAUAUCACGAUCGAUAUGUCACUAAUAUCCUGCUUUCUAAUGUCUGCCUAUCUCUGUACCCUCGACGGCUUGGACAAGGCGGACCCUCGCGUUAAGAACAAGAUUCCAGUUCUCUACAGGCGUCUCUCGGCAAACCUCUACGAGACCAAGACUCCCGGAGAGUUCUACCACAUUCAUGGUUCAUUAGAGGCUAGUGCAACUCUCUGCAUGAUUGGCCUCCCGCCCUUCAACCCUCGUCUUCAGGACUACAGAGAGUGCAUCGAAACUAUCGAGUCCGCGGUCAGGCGCUUCACCGUGGACGAGCUGGAAGAAAUGAAUCGAAAAGAAGCGCAGGCUGGCGUGCCGGUUCUCACGGCGGAACAAUUCCGGGCGACACCGCAAGGCCAGGCCCUCGCAGCGCUUCCCCCUUUUACCAUUCAACCGUUCGAGUCCUCCACCGCUCCUGCGCCUUUAGGCCAGCAAUGUCCUGUCAAUCCAGGGACCUCAUCUCUGAAUCAGUGUCUGCGUGGCAUUCGUGUUCUCGAACUAUGUCGAGUAAUCGCUGGCCCAACAAUCGGCCGCACUCUCGCAUCACAUGGCGCUUCUGUUUUAAAGGUCACAUCUCCCUACCUUCCCGAUGUCCCCUUUUUCCAAGUCGAUGUCAAUACCGGGAAACAUACUACUUCUCUUCACUUGCACGACCCAGUUCAACGCCUUGCCUUUGAGGCCCUCAUCGCCUCCGCCGACGUCGUGCUGGACGGUUACCGCCCUGGUGUUCUAACCCGACUAGGCUAUGGCCCGGAUCGUCUUGCCAAGCUCGCUGCCGCUCGAGGCAAGGGCUACGUCUACGUCGCUGAGGAUUGUUUUGGAGGCUCUGAUACCCCAGUUGCCGAUCAAGCUGUUUGGUCGGAUCGGCCUGGCUGGCAACAAAUCGCCGAUUGUGUGACCGGCGUUGCCUGGGAGCAGGGUCGCUUCAUGGGCCUCAAUGAGCCUGUGGUGCCACCUUUUCCCAUGUCUGACUAUGGUACCGGCGCCCUCGGUUGCGUCGCCGCCAUGGCAGGUCUCUAUCGUCGCGCCACCGAAGGGGGUAGCUGGAUGUGUAGAACGAGUCUAUGCCAGUAUGACAUGUUUCUCCUUUCUCUGGGAACACACAGCUUUGAAGUCCAGACUCGGUUGCGCAUGACGCAUGAUCCAGCGUUUUUCGAGCUGAGACACCAUGAUUCCGUUGACGAAGUGGGCAAGCGGGCAUUGAAGAGUAUGAGAAAGGUGCGCCCGGCUCUCUUCGAGGACAUCAUGAUGCACACGGCCUGGAGCCAUGGAUUCAACGCCGAGGUCAGGUGGCCGCGCGAGGCUCUGCAGGUCAAAGGUGUAGAUAUUGGACAUGUUCGAGCCACGAGACCAAAUGGGUGCGACGAGGCCUCUUGGAAAGGAUGGGAAGAGCAGCCAAAUAUGGUGGCAGACUUGCGUCUGUGA